AGAAUCAUCAAUAGUAUUCCUGAAGUAAACAGAAACGUUUAUAGAAAACAUCGCGAUAGCAGCAAAAUAAUUUUAAUUGCUAAAUAUUUAGUUACUUUAUUCAUAUAGAUUAGAGAAAAUAUCCUUAAAAUGGCGAAUAUAACUGCGGCGGUUAUUGCAAAUCGCAACAAAAAACAUUUUCUUGGCGUACCUGCGCCGCUUGGUUAUGUUGCUGGUGUUGGUAGAGGCGCCACUGGUUUCACUACCCGUUCCGAUAUUGGUCCUGCACGCGAUGCCAACGAUGUGUCUGAUGACCGUCAUGCACCGCCUGCUGCAAAGCGCAAGAAGAAAGAAGAAGAGGAGGAGGAAGAUGAAGAUUUGAAUGACUCAAACUACGAUGAAUUCAGCGGUUAUAGUGGUUCGCUUUUCUCAAAAGACCCAUACGACAAGGAUGACGAGGAAGCUGAUCAAAUUUAUGAUUCAAUUGAUAAACGCAUGGAUGAGAAACGUAAGGAAUACAGAGACCGUCGAAUGCGUGAAGAUUUGGAGCGCUAUCGUCAAGAAAGACCAAAAAUCCAACAACAGUUUUCCGAUCUUAAACGUUCGCUGGCCAACGUCACCGCUGAGGAAUGGUCAACUAUACCUGAAGUAGGUGACAGUCGCAAUCGCAAGCAACGUAAUCCACGCGCAGAGAAAUUCACACCGCUUCCUGAUAGUGUGCUAUCACGCAAUCUUGGUGGAGAAGCUGCCUCCACACUCGAUCCCUCGUCUGGCCUGGCCUCAAUCGUACCAGGUGUAGCCACUCCUGGUAUGCUUACACCGACUGGCGAUUUAGAUUUACGGAAGAUCGGUCAGGCCCGUAAUACGCUCAUGAAUGUAAAGCUUUCACAAGUAUCCGACUCUGUGACGGGGCAAACUGUUGUAGAUCCGAAGGGUUAUCUCACCGACUUGCAAAGCAUGAUACCCACAUACGGUGGCGAUAUUAAUGAUAUUAAGAAAGCGCGCUUACUAUUGAAAAGUGUGCGAGAAACUAAUCCUAACCAUCCGCCAGCUUGGAUUGCCUCAGCACGUUUGGAAGAAGUCACUGGCAAAGUACAAAUGGCCCGAAAUCUUAUUAUGCGUGGCUGCGAGAUAAAUCCUCAAUCGGAAGACUUAUGGUUAGAGGCAGCACGCUUGCAACCGCCAGACACGGCUAAGGCUGUGAUCGCACAAGCGGCACGUCACAUUCCAACGUCGGUGCGUAUAUGGAUUAAGGCCGCCGAUUUAGAAACGGAGACGAAGGCGAAGCGACGUGUUUUUCGUAAGGCGCUAGAACACAUUCCCAACUCCGUGCGCCUUUGGAAGGCCGCUGUGGAAUUGGAAAAUCCCGAUGAUGCGCGUAUUCUACUAUCACGCGCUGUUGAGUGUUGCAAUACUAGCGUCGAAUUGUGGCUGGCGCUGGCACGUUUAGAAACUUACGAGAAUGCACGCAAAGUCUUGAAUAAAGCGCGUGAAAGUAUACCUACAGACCGCCAAAUUUGGACAACCGCCGCCAAACUUGAAGAAGCAAAUGGUAAUAAGCACAUGGUAGAUAAAAUUAUUGACCGUUCAUUGGCUUCACUUUCGGCCAAUGGCGUGGAGAUCAAUCGGGAGCAUUGGUUCCAGGAAGCCAUCGAGGCCGAAAAAUCUGGUGCCGUGCAUUGCUGCCAAGCUAUAGUGAAAGCUGUAAUUGGUAUAGGAGUUGAGGAGGAGGAUCGCAAGCAAACAUGGAUCGAUGACGCUGAAUUUUGUGCUAAAGAGAAUGCGUUCGAGUGUGCCCGCGCUGUCUAUGCGCAUGCCCUUCAAGUAUUUCCCUCAAAGAAGAGUAUUUGGUUACGUGCUGCUUACUUUGAGAAAAGCCAUGGCACACGUGAAUCGUUGGAGGCCUUACUCCAACGCGCUGUUGCACAUUGCCCUAAAUCUGAGGUACUUUGGUUAAUGGGCGCCAAAUCCAAGUGGCUCGCUGGUGAUGUUCCGGCUGCUCGUGGCAUACUGUCAUUAGCUUUUCAAGCCAACCCCAAUUCUGAGGAUAUUUGGUUAGCCGCCGUAAAGCUUGAGUCCGAGAAUUCUGAAUACGAACGUGCGCGUCGUCUACUAGCAAAGGCGCGUUCGUCGGCGCCAACACCCCGUGUUAUGAUGAAAUCCGCGCGGUUGGAAUGGGCUUUAGACAAUUUGCCAGACGCUUUACGUCUGCUUGAUGAGGCUGUCAAGGUAUUCCCCGACUUCCCGAAACUGUGGAUGAUGAAAGGACAGAUUGAAGAACAACAAAACCAUUUAGAUGAAGCUGCGGAAACCUACAAUCAAGGCAUUAAGAGGUGUCCAACAUCUAUACCACUUUGGGUGUUAUCAGCUACACUGGAAGAACGCAAGGGCACUCUAACUAAAGCUCGUUCAAUAUUAGAGCGUGGACGUUUGCGGAACCCCAGAACUGCGGCGUUAUGGUUGGCAGCGAUACGGGUUGAACUGCGUGCCGGACUGAGUGAAAUUGCCAGCACAAUGGUGGCACGUGCUUUACAGGAAUGCCCCAACUCUGGAGAAUUGUGGGCGGAGGCGAUUUUCAUGGAAUCGAAACCGCAGCGCAAAACGAAAUCAGUUGAUGCGCUCAAAAAAUGUGAACACGACCCGCAUGUGCUUUUGGCUGUCUCAAAAUUGUUUUGGUCCGAACAUAAGUUCACAAAGUGCCGUGAUUGGUUUAAUCGUACGGUUAAAAUUGAUCCCGAUCUUGGUGAUGCUUGGGCGAAUUUUUACAAGUUUGAGCUGCUGCACGGCACCGAAGAGCAGCAGAAGGAAGUUUUAGAACGUUGUGUAGCCGCAGAACCGAAACAUGGCGAGGCCUGGUGUAGCGUGAGCAAACACAUUAAAAAUUGGUGCUUCAAGACGCCGGAGGUUUUAAAUGGCGUUGUUAAACAAUUAUCAAUACCCGUAUAAAUAAUAUUCUCUUUAAAAUUUAAAUCAUAGCUUAUUCCAUAAAUAAGUAAUAAAAAUUAAUAUCUGUUAAAAAAAUGUAAACAGAAUAAUAAUGGAA